ACAGUAUACGUGACUUGUACAGACGCAGCGGCAUUAUCAAAAGCAGGAGCAACGGCAGUAUUACAUCACCGUCAGCAGCAAAGACUCACCACAAGUAACAUCAUCAACAAGGAAGACAAGAUCAACACUACCGGAUUCGUGAGGACCACCGCCCGAGACUGGUGGUGGUGGUGGUGGUGGUGAGGACGGAAGUGAUGGUGUGUUGGCGGGACAUCAGUGGGUAUAUAAGCCACACCUUCCUCAAUCUCCACCACUAGUUCUUCGUCAGCAUCCGUUCUUGCAUGAUGGAGUUCCUCUACCUUGUGGUGUUUACGGCCGCCCUUGUGGCGGCUGACGGCGGCACUAAGGACGCCAGCACCGUCAUCCCCGGGGAGAAGAAUGUUGGUGACACUGGGAGCGUCACCGACGACAACAGUGCCAUCACCGACGGCAGCAGCCCCGGCAACUCGGCCCCAUCAACCAGGUUCUUUCCUGGGGGAUUUAACGGCGGAUUUGGAGAAGGAUUUAACAAUGAAUUUGGAGGAGGGUUUAACAAUGAAUUUGGAGGAGGAUUUAACCAUGAAUUUGGAGGAGGAUUUGACAACGGCCUGAAUGUAGUUGGAAACUUUCCUGGUGGUGGAGGUUUCGGAUUCGGGGGGCCUGGCGUGGGCGUGGCAGGUGGUGUGGGCGUGGGUGUAGGUGCAGGCUUUGGGAGGCCCAUAGGAGGGUUCGGUGUACCCAUCACGUGCAGGUACUGGUGCAGGACCCGCCUAGGACGACCUUACUGCUGCGAGACGCCCUUCCAGCGUCAGAGCUUCGCCAGGGUGGUGAAGUUUGGUUAUUGCCCGCCAGUCCGCACCAUCUGCCCCCCCAUCAGGAACUUCCUCCCUCCUUAUGUCUGCUCCAGCGACGGCUCCUGCCCCGGCAUAGACAAGUGCUGCUUCGACAGUUGUCUUCACCACCACACCUGUAAACCUCCUUUAGGCUUCGGCAGGUGAGGCUCCUGCUGUAUCUUCAUCAAGACAACAACAACAAAAACUAUAAGAUAUGUCAACUUUCCCCAGUGAGAUAUUUUCCUCCUCGCGUACUGUACAAAUAACACAUCAAGCAACACGGAAUCACAAGUAAUAAUCAGCGGUGUAAUUACUGAUAGAGGCGGUCAAAUCAAAGCUCACUGUUGCCUGUGAUGUAAUAAUGUAUUUAUCAUAAUUUAUAUUAUUACUUAUUUAUUUUUACUAACAUACAUAAAUGAAUAAAGUUUGAUUAUAAUG